GUCAACUAGAAAAUAAUUCCUAGACCUGGCUCGGGGCCAGCGCGCCCCACCCGCAGAACCGCUGGAUUCUUUGAUUUCCUCGCUCGCUCUCCAAAACCAGCCCGAGAGGAAAGGCACGGCCGAGGGUGGGGAUGUCCUGAAAUAUCCACGCGCGUUCCUGUAGGAUGAGAAGUUUACGACCUCACCAAAAUGCCGUCUCAAAUGGAACACGCCAUGGAAACCAUGAUGUUCACGUUUCAUAAGUUUGCUGGGGAUAAAGGCUACUUAACAAAGGAGGACCUGAGAGUGCUCAUGGAAAAGGAGUUCCCUGGGUUUUUGGAAAAUCAAAAAGACCCUCUGGCCGUAGACAAAAUAAUGAAGGACCUGGACCAGUGCCGAGACGGCCGGGUGGGCUUCCAGAGCUUCUUUUCGCUGAUUGCGGGGCUCACCAUCGCGUGCAAUGACUAUUUUGUGGUGCACAUGAAGCAGAAGGGAAGGAAGUAGGCGGCACCGAGCAGUUGCUUCCGCCCUGAGAGAGCUCUCCCAGGGGGGCCUACGGAGUAGGUGCCCCCCACAGCUUCCCCCGUAUGAGGAUUUCAUGAGCCGAUCGGGACCCUUCAAAAAUGUACAAAUAAAAUCUCACCCCCACUCAACAAGGGAAAGAAAAGCCAAUGGAAGCCAGAUAAGCUUUUGAUUUUUAUAUUGCUUGUGUCCUCUUGCCCUCAAUAAACAAAUUUCUUUUUUAGUUCCUAA